AUGGAACCUAUCUUCAGUGACAUUUCUCGUUAUCCCCCUCCCCGUAUUGAUACUUUUCCAAAACGUACUGUAUCUAAUCUGGUUAAAGCUCUUAAAAACAAAUCUCCCGAACAACAAAGAAAUAUGAUUGGUGAUUUUCUCUACAGAUUGGUGGAACAAAUCGAGCCAGUUUUCACUGCAAAAGUCACAGGAAUGCUUCUUGAGAUGGACCGAACUUUACUCUUUUGGUUGAUGGAAUCACCCCAUGCCCUCAGAGAGAAGGUCAAAGAGGCAAUUGAGGUUUUAGGAGACUGGAUUCCCCAACAGUAUAAGGAACUCGAGAAAGAAGCAUACGGGCUCCAAGCAUCCAUGCUUUUGCCUAAGCUGUGA